GGCAGGGCGCGGGGCCGGCAUGCGGCCGCGGCUCCCGGCCGGCAGCGUGUGAGCGAGGGCGGCUCCCCGGCCUCGGCAGCGGCGGUAGCAGCGGCGGCACUGGCACUGGAGGGGACCGAGGCGGCAGCGGCGGCCAUGGCGACCCCCAGCAACCUGGUGUCCUCGGUCAUGGCGAGCAAAACCAAGACGAAGAAGAAGCACUUCGUCGCGCAGAAAGUGAAGCUGUUCCGAGCCAGCGACCCGCUGCUCAGCGUCCUCAUGUGGGGGGUGAACCACUCGAUCAAUGAACUGAGCCACGUCCAAAUCCCUGUGAUGCUGAUGCCGGACGACUUCAAAGCAUAUUCCAAGAUCAAGGUGGACAAUCACCUCUUUAACAAAGAAAACAUGCCGAGUCAUUUCAAGUUUAAGGAGUACUGCCCCAUGGUUUUCCGCAACCUGCGAGAAAGGUUUGGAAUUGACGAUCAGGAUUUUCAGAAUUCCUUGACCAGAAGUGCACCACUUCCGAAUGACUCCCAGGCACGCAGUGGAGCACGAUUUCAUACUUCCUAUGACAAAAGAUACGUCAUCAAAACAAUUACAAGUGAAGAUGUGGCUGAAAUGCAUAACAUUCUCAAGAAGUACCACCAGUACAUUGUGGAGUGUCACGGAGUCACCCUUCUUCCUCAGUUUUUGGGCAUGUACCGGCUUAAUGUGGAUGGAGUGGAAAUCUAUGUGAUCGUUACAAGAAACGUGUUCAGCCACCGCUUAUCUGUCUAUAGGAAAUACGACUUAAAGGGGUCCACUGUGGCCAGAGAAGCUAGCGACAAGGAAAAGGCCAAAGAAUUGCCAACCUUAAAGGACAAUGACUUCAUCAAUGAUGGCCAAAAGAUUUACAUCGACGACAACAACAAAAAGAUGUUUCUCGAGAAACUUAAAAAGGAUGUGGAGUUUCUUGCCCAGCUCAAGCUCAUGGACUAUAGCUUGCUGGUUGGAAUCCAUGAUGUUGAGAGAGCAGAGCAGGAAGAGGUUGAGUGUGAAGAAAACGAUGGUGAGGAGGAAGGGGAAAGCGAUGGAACCCACCCUAUUGGAACUCCUCCAGACAGUCCAGGAAAUACACUCAACAGCUCACCACCUUUGGCUCCUGGGGAAUUUGAUCCAAACAUUGAUGUCUAUGGAAUAAAAUGCCAUGAAAAUGCACCUAGGAAAGAGGUAUAUUUUAUGGCCAUUAUUGACAUUCUUACUCAUUAUGAUGCAAAAAAGAAAGCUGCCCAUGCCGCAAAAACUGUUAAACAUGGUGCUGGUGCAGAGAUCUCGACGGUGAACCCUGAACAGUAUUCAAAGCGCUUCUUGGACUUUAUUGGCCACAUUUUGACGUAACCUCCCAGGUGGCCCCGGGGGAUAGACAGACAUGAGAUGUGGGAACACAGCAGAGCUGGCUUCAGUUAAGGAAAAAAAUGGAAAUGGAACUCCGUGACAUGCUCCUCUUGCAGAAAAGCAAGCCUCCUCAAGUUUCCCUCCUCAGGCCACGCCGACGGACUUGGGGGCAACUUGCUCUAACAGCUACCUGAUACUUCCCAGCAUAGCUCUAGCUACUUCUGACUUUUUUUGUGUGUGUGCAUUAAAAAAAUUAAAACAUAAUUAAUGAAUUAAAAUAGAUUAGCUUAACUCAGAGCCAGUUGCUGUGGCGACUCUCUGACACAGCUAGCCGUGGUGGAGUGAAUGAAUGAAUGAACAAGUGGGGAGGGGAGAUUCCGUGCAUGUCCUACCAGCCGUGUUGGCGUCAAACUGUAAACUGUGGAUCAGUUUAUUUUUUGAGUUGAAAGACAUGACAGUAUUCAUAAUAAUAAUGAUGAUAAUAAUAAUGGUGAUGAUGAUGAUUUAAAAAAAAAACCUUACUGCGAAUGUUACACUUGUACUCCGCACGCUGGCACUCCUUAAUAACUGUAACAUUAACCCCUUGGCACCAGGCAGGCGCAAGCAGCCCUUGUCUUUGCCUUUGCACUGUUUUGCCUCAAGUACAUCGUGUCAGAACUUCCAGCGCCAAGGAGUUACUUUCUGUCUUCUAACAGGAGGCUGAUGCCAUAGUUGCUCUGUCAGUUACAUUUUCACCUCAGUAAAUUAUGUCAAGGAAAAAUGCUUAUUCUCUUUUAUUGCCUGGAGCUUCUCCAUUGUUACACUCUUCUAUUGCAACAUAGGAAUUAAUGCUACAUGGAAAAAAAAUAGCUUGGGGUGGGGGGGGCUGCAUAGUUUUGGGCAACAGUAUCUACAUCUUCCAACUUGAGGAGAUGAGCAAAGUACUAGAAAUCUCAAUUCUCCUGCUCUAGAAGGAAAAAAACCGAAAUUUUAAAAUGCUUCUGUUUUUAACCACUGUUUAAGCAGUGGCGUUUUAUUAUAAAUUAUCCCUCUAAUGGAAACCUUCAAUUUUACUGUUUACAUUAUUAGGAAAACAGGGAUACUUUUGAAUCUAAAAUUUUAUGUACAGUAUGUGAUUUUUUGAAGUUUACAUGUAAAGUUAUUUUGCAGCCUAGAUGAAACAAUGUUUUGCAUUUCUUGAGGUGUAUCAUACGGUGAUGUACCAGAACAGAUGCUUUCUUCCAAGUCCACGGUAGAGAAGUCUUUUACAAUAAACUAAAAAAGGCCAUUCUGUUUUUGUUUCCUCCAAAUGUUCUUUUAUCAACUGAAUGAUUUUUUUCAAAUGUUUACCCCAAAUCUGGUUGUAUAAAUGCAUUGCCUAAAACUGUGCUGAUUGCAUUUAAUCAUGUUCAAACAUUUUUCAACAUUGAUCAUGUUUCUACCAGCUCCUCUACAUCUUCUGAAAGGCGCCAAGCCAAAAAGAAUUAGGUUUGCUUAGAGUAUGUUAUUAACUCAUACACUGUGCUGAAGCUGUGCCUUUAAAACUCUUUGUUUAAGUCAUGAGAUGAUUUGGGGGGGUAAGCAUUGUGGGGGGAUCACACCCUCCACCGAUUACUUAGAAGGAAAAGAAACCCCAGCCUGGCAGGAUGCCUCUUCCAGUAAUGUUAACAUCAGAGCUGUUCGGACUACAACUGGGCACGGUGUAUGUAGUGUUUACUUCAGUGCAACGUUGAAAGAGCCGAAAUCACAGUAUCUCCAGAAGCCAGAGGCAGUGGCAUCCCCAUCGCAGCAUACUUACUGAUUGUUACCUAGUUUUGUUACCCUCUCUGGAGGAAGUUAACACCACUGUAAUAUAACUGUACAAAUCUGUAUUUUAUGUAUUUAAAUGAAUGGAUACUGUGAUUAAGAUCCUUAUUCUGGCAUCAGACCCAUUUCACUUUUUUUAAACCUGCUGUGGUUUUCCAUGGUAGGAGACUGCAAAGAGAGACCCUGAAGUUUAGACGAGGUACCCAGACAUCAUUUGAAUAGCUUUUCUUCAUUGUGGCCAAUAUGUUUAUGCUUUUUAGAAGUUUACAAAAAUGCUUCUUUCUUUCUUUCUUUUUUUUUUGGUCUAUAACAGUCUUUGUCCUUCAUUGCUGUCAACAAAAUGUUUAUAUGGACAGGGUAAGGAAGUGCACAUUGUAUCGCUCCAGACAAGAGCAAGGCUUUAUACAAUAAAGCACUUUGAUGACUCACAA